AUGGCAUCGCAGGUAGAUAUGAAUAGUCACCAGGAAGACCUCCUGGAACCAACUGAAGCUCUUCUAGAAAGAGAAGCUCCCCCUGACGUACGGACAACUCGGACGGCAAGCUCUCGAAGUGUGUUGAUAAGAAUUUAUGUCUCUCAUUUCUUGUCGACAUGGAACUCACGCAUGUUUGAAUUCGGCGCUGUCUUGUUCCUUGCUUCUAUCUUCCAGGGGACUCUGUUGUACGCCUCGAUCUACGCGUUGGUACGCUCUGCGUCGGCGGUGGUUCUAUCUUCCUGGUUAGGAUCCAAGAUGGAUCGGUCGAACCGUCUGGUAGCCAUCCGUCACUCUAUCGUCUGGCAGAGAGUACCUGUUGCGGUGUCCUGCGCAUGCUUUGUGGCUCUUCUGAUGCCUUCAUUCCGAGAAUCUGAGCCUCUUGCCUCGGGCUUAUUUCUUGCGGUUGUCCUGCUCGCUUGCAUGGAGAAACUGGCAGCAACAGCAAAUACUGUGGCUGUCGAAAGAGACUGGGUGUACAACGCGAUACCAGAACUUGUGCGGACAGCUUCAGUCCCGACAGAUGAUGGAUUCAGAGCUGUCGAGGAUGCGCGCGAACAUCCCACGGCGAACCAAAAGGGUAUCAUUAAAAGUGCAAUUCACCUUGUAAAGCGGGCUGCUUCUCCCUGGCGACAGUAUGUGGCUAGUCCAGUCUUCCUGGCGUCCUUCGCCUUGAGCCUGCUCUAUCUUACUGUUCUCUCCUUUGGCACCACCAUGGUCACAUAUCUCUUGCAUAUGGGUUUUGAUCCUCUGCAGGUCAGCUGUAUGAGAAUCGGUGCCGUGCUCGCAGAAUUGUCUGGCACAUGGGCAGCACCGUUCAUCAUGGGCAGGAUCGGACCGAUUAGGUCAGGGCUGUGGUUCCUCAACUGGCAGCUUGGCUGUUUGGCCACUGCAGCAGUCGCUUUUGCCUUGUACGACUCGAACUCUCGGUUGGUAGCAGUGAGUCUCAUCCUGGGAGUUGCUUUGAGUCGGAUUGGCCUUUGGGGUUUUGAUUUGUCGGUUCAAUUUCUCGUCCAAGAGGUAAUCACUUUCUCCUCUGAGGGCUGCUACCAGAGGUUGCUAAUGUCUAUCAAUAAGGGCGUUGAAGAAGAUACCCGGGGGCGAUUCUCCUCAACCGAAAUGGGCGUACAGAACGUCUUUGAGAUGCUGUCGUUUGCAACCACAGUAGUCUUUCCUCUCCCUGAGCAAUUCAAGUAUCCCGUUUUUAUCAGUUACGGGGCGAUUGCACUGGCAGCCAUAUGCUUUGCGGCAUACGUGAGAAAAGAGCGGGGACAUUUGCUGCACAUAUCCAGGUGCUGGGGUGGUGAUAAAAUGCGAAGGUCGUAUCAGGUACUUCCUGGAGGGUUAUGA